CUCUAUGCUUUGUUGUCAUUCAUUUUGUCCAUCUGUGAUUUUGUCAAAGCUGACGCUUGAAAGCUUGACGUUUGAAUGUUUUCAAAAUAUUUUGCACAUAAUCUGGAUAAACAAUAAUAAAAUCGCCAUAAAAUAGUGAAUAUUUUGCUAAAAUGUCGCAGCAUUUAGUGAAUGAAAACAGUAAAUACAUUCUGGACCUAUUUUCGGAACAAACUGUUGACCAACAAACAUUAGAUUCUAUAUGUACCCAGGUUCAGAAGAAGUUCCCUAAAUCGGACCAUUUUAAUUUAUGUCUCCUCCUGUCAUCAUUGAUAACCGGUGGGGAUCUCUCCCUGCCUGGACAGCGAGUGGUGGCUCUAGCCAUCAUCUUUGAUAUCUACAAGUUAGACAAUCCAUUUGCUUCCUUGUUCCUACACCUGUUAGAAGGGAAGGCUGGCCUCCUUCCACUGUCUCCGCAGGAGAGACUGCUGAUUGGACAGCUGCAUGGAUUUCUACCAGUCAAUAUUAAAGAUGUUAUGAAGAAGUCAGCAAAGCAGGUGAUGCUGACAGAGGUGGCUCCGAAGGACCUGGAGUUUGAUUACUCAUCACUACAGACCUUAGUUGCGGAGAGGGUUGCAGACAUGAGCUCCAUGGCGAGAGCGGCGGCGCCGGCGCUGAUACCGCUUAGUGAUGGGAGUCCACCAAACCGUAUGGCGAUGAAGGAACUGCUGGAGAACCUGAUUUCCAACGACUACAUGCCCCUCCACCGCACAUUGAAGGCAUCAGGACCUAUCCCACUGCCCACCUUUUUGAUGGAUACAGCCGAGAUUACUGCUGAUAAGGCGGUAUGGAAGUGCCUGGUAAACCGUGGAGCGUACAUCCCGCUGUACGACACGGACUACGAGGGGCUCGUGGGGCUCCGGCCUGAGAAACUCGACAGGAGGCAACACACGACACAGCCACAUAAGCCUAAAGAAGAGAAAAAAGAGAAACCAGAAGAGAAGAAAGUGGAAGAGAAGGAGGGUGUGAAGGCGGCCACCGAGGCCAAGGAGCUGACGGCGCUGGCGCUGCGCGGCGCGCUCAGCGUGCCCCACCAGCAGAGGCUGCUGGCGCUGCUGGACCACGAGCCCAACAUCGUGUAUGAAAUUGGGAUCACGCCGAACCAGUUACCAGAGCUGGUGGAGAACAACCCGAUGGUGGCCAUAUCGGUGCUGCUGAAGCUGAUCCACUCGCAACACAUCACCGAGUACUUCAGUGUACUCGUCAACAUGGAGAUGUCACUACACUCCAUGGAGGUGGUGAACAGACUGACGACAUCAGUAGACCUGCCGGUGGAGUUCGUGCACCUGUACAUCAGCAACUGUAUCUCUACGUGCGAGACUAUCAGGGACCGGUACAUGCAGAACCGGCUCGUGAGACUCGUCUGCGUCUUCCUACAGUCUCUGAUUAGGAACAAGAUUAUUAAUGUUAAGGAACUAUUUAUAGAAGUGGAAGCGUUCUGCGUGGAAUUCUCUCGCAUCAGAGAGGCUGCGGCCUUGUUCCGGCUGCUAAAGCAACUCGACUCGGGAGACGGACUGGCACACAAGGAGGCCAAGGAUAACUAGCAUCUCACUAUACAAGCGUAUAAUAAAUACGCAUAGAUUUAAACAUAUACCAUGAACAUUAUAUAUCAUCAUCAUCAUUAUCAUCAGCCUGUUCUCGUCCACUGCUGGACCUUAUAUAAGUAAACAAAAUUAUUCUUAUUAUAAUAAUUCUCUGUAGUUUUUAUAUGUGCAGAUGUUUGUAUGUUAAGGUAUCCUAAUAUUAUUUUUUUACAACAUUGCCCCACACUGGUCUUCUCUCUUGUAUCAUCGGACAUUCAGACCUGGAAAAACAAUUUGUGGAUGACACAAAAAGUUGCUUCGUACGGGAGUCGAACCCGCUACACAUUGCGCGGCAGUCGGUUGCCCAGCCACCGCGUUAACUGCAGUCUUUCUUUAGAUUUUUGCCUCUUUGGUGAAAUGGUCGCAAGCGCACCACUUCUCAAUAGUCGAUAGUCGCGCGAUGAUCUAACUACAUAAGUUUUGUUUUUCGAGAAUUCUAGCCUAAAUUGCAUAAACUAACCUUACAGAAUUGCAAAGUUCAUAAUAUUGGGUAUCUUAGUGUACCGGCACUGUCUCUAAAAGUUUCUAUAAUAAAUAAAUGUUAUGUAGUAGAUUUAAACAGUUGUAUAUUACACUGUAUAAGAUAAUUAGCUAAUUAAAAUACUUUACUAUAAGGAUAUUGACAAGUGGUCAAAUUCUAAAACUAUUUUUCUAAAUAUCACUUGAUUUUUAUAUCAAGUAAGCCUAUUAUUAUAUCACUAUCCAUGUUUUCUCACAAAUUUAUUGAAAUAUUUAUCACACUAUAAUAUUAUAAAUGUGAAAGUUUGUUUGUUUGGAUGUUUGUUCGUCAAUCAUGCUGUAACUACUGAACGGAUUUUGAUGAAAUUUGUUAUACAGAUAGGGUAUGAGCUAACUUGGGUGAAAAGAUCCGUUUUUUCUGCCGCUGCCGCUGGCAGAAGCUAGUUAUUUAAUAAAUAAAAGUAAUAUCAAAAUAGUGAGCAGUAUAGCAAUGUGGUUGCUUUCUAUUAUAUGGAACUUAUAAUUUGUGAAAAGUAGGUGUUACAUUUAAUAUUUUCACAUGUGCCUGCCUAUCUCUGUGAGGAAUAAAGGCGUAACGUGCUGUUAAGUAAUAAUAAUAUUAUUGAAUUAAACUAAUAGUGUAAUAAUAACCAAUUUUUAUAUAAAAAAACUGCAAUACAAAGUAUAAUUUUAGGUAAACUUUGCUAUGAUAGAUAUUCCACUACUGAAGUUGUAUUUGUAAAAUAAUAAAAAAGAUAAGUAACCUAUUAGUUACCAGAUCGGUUAAAAGUAGUUCAGUUAUAUAAUAUGGCCCCGGUCCCAUCUGUCCAUGUAAUGGACCACGCCAUAAGAAAAUUUAUGGAAAAUGCUGCGACGACGCUACGGAUCAAUAAGCGCCUCGCUUUAAUGAAAUCUAUCGUAAGCGAUAAGUUGAAUAAGUACUAACUUGCCACGAAUAGUUGUUUAGUGAAGUUACUGUUACCUCUAUUUGAUACUUUAACUUUUAUUUGUACUCGCAUAUCGCUAUUGUCUUCGUAUUUUGAAAAAGUAAAUAUCCUUGCCGCGUAUUUAAUGUAAUUGUAUAAUAUUCUAUUGAACCUAAGCUAAAUAUAUGACACCACAGAGUAAAUAUACUUACCUAUUUUUGUAAGAAACUGUCGUACUCAGAGACUUAAUGAUUACUUAAACUAUUCCUUUCCUUAGUAACGAUUUUGUUCGACUGGGUUAAGUAAUCAUUAAAUGACUGAGUACGGCCGUAAGUCAUAUACCUAUUUGUGUUAGUUUAAGGGCAAGGCACUCUAAUAAUUGUAUUUUAUAGCAUUGCUGUUUCUAGAUCAAAUUAGGUGACAAUGGACAACCAUUGUCACCAAUAUAAACUAAUUUGUGUCCCAAGCGCCUAUUUAAUUCAUUGUUUAGUUGCAAAACCUAUUAGCGAUUGAGAACAAUUUCAUAAAUAUAAGUAAACAUGUGUCUAUGUUAGCAAGGUGAAUUGAGUUUACGUUUUUAUACUCAUUGUCUACAAAAUAUUAUUCUAAAAUGUAUGUCUAAAUUAGUGCCAGCAAAUAUAUGGGUCACAUUGAAAAGUAUAUGCGCCUGUAUAAACAUGUAUCCUUAUAUCAGGCCCAUAGUAAUGUAUUAUUAAGGAUUAUAUUAAUCGAAGUUGGGAGAAUAGAAGGUGCCUGUUUGUUAUGAUUUUUAUGUAAGUGGGAAGUGGAAAUUUUGUGAUGUGUCUGAGAAUCCUAUGAGAAUAUAGUGAUAAUAGUGAAUUAAAUAUUGAGGAGUAGGUAAUGUUUGUCUGUAUAUUCAUUGAAGUUUUGAUAUCUGUGGAGAGGAGUGAGUGUACUCUUUUUUGAUUAUGGUACUGGAGUAGUUUUUAUUUAUCUUCCACUUUGCACAUAUUUUAGAUGAAAUUGCUAUCCCCAUGGUUUUUGUGUGCAUUGCUAGCGCUAUAUUUCGACAUAUUUUAUAUCCAAAACAUAAGUUUUCGAGCAAUAUAAAUAGCACUAAUAAUGUACAUGUAAAAGCUGGUUAUUAAUGAAUACAAAAUUACGUGUCUAGCUCUUGAAACGAAUACUUCCUCAAUGUACGUGAAUAUAAUAUGUAAUUAGGUAAAAGUGCAAAAGUACUAUUGAGUGUGGAGUAUAUGCCUUUUAAUUGCAAUAAACAUUUAUUUUUAAUUUCUAAGGUAGAAAAACUAGCUCAGUACCUACUUUCAAGUUAUGACUGAUUUACUAGAUUACUAAUGAGUAGGUUGAUUCUUCAAGUUUUAAUAUUUUGUACAUAUUGAAGUAAUGUGUGGCUUGAGCAAUAAAUUAGGAAUUUGUGUUGCCAGGAUUUGAAAUAAUAGAUAUUUGCAAUAGUAAAGGAUCAUUACAGUUACAAAUACUUUUAAUAAGAGAAAUGAAAGAAAGAAAUAUUGUGUGAAAAGCCUUAUAAUAAUACUUCAAUUGUAUUAAUAUAACUGUUAUUGUGUGAUGUAUAAGUUAGCAAUAAAACAAAUAUAUAAUA